AUGCACGAACGCCUAGACACCUACACCAAAAACACCUUCUUAUCCACCCCCAAAGUCAAACGGACGAAUAAUGUCACGGAUGCUCAGCUGGAUGCGUGCCCUGGUUAUGAUGCCGUGAAUAUAAAGAUGAACGAAUGGAGUCUUGAGGCUGACUUGAAGAUUCGGGAUGGAAAUGGAUGUGGUGUUUACGGACCUGAUUUGAAGGAGUUGAAGUUGAAGGUCACGUAUGAAACGGAAUCCCGAAUCCACCUCCAGAUUCACGACCCUUCUAACACCCGCUACACUGUCCCAACAUCUGUCCUCCCCCGUCCACCUUCUCACAACUUCCCCUCGUCAAAAGCAUCCAUUCAAUUUAAAUACACUACUGCUCCUUUUACAUUCUCCAUCGUACGUUCCGAGGCUGGUGGUGGCAAUGAGGAAGUAUUGUUCGGAACGAGUCAAGAGCAUCCGCUCAUUUUUGAAGAGCAGUAUUUAAGGUUGAAGACAACUGCCCUACCUGCUGACGCAAAUAUCUAUGGACUGGGCGAACACACGGAGACCUUCCGACUUCCUAAUCAGAACUUUACUCGAACAUUAUGGGCUCGAGAUGCGUACUCUGUACCUGCAGGGACGAACCUCUACGGCGCCCAUCCCAUCUACUUUGAACAUCGCUUUUCAACCCGACACUCACAUGCAACACACGGAGUCUUCCUCCUCAACUCCAACGGGAUGGACAUUAAAAUCGAUCAAGAUCUUGCCAUCAACAGAACGAGUUUGGAAUAUAAUGUAAUUGGAGGAAUUUUCGAUUUUUAUUUUUUGGCGGGACCGGAGCCUAGGGAUGUCGCGAGACAGUAUUCGGAAGUUGUGGGGAGACCGGCGGAGGUGGCGUACUGGACGUUUGGUUUGCACCAAUGUCGGUAUGGGUACACGGAUUAUGUGGACGUUAUGGAGGUCGUGCAGAAUUAUUCGAGAGCUGGUAUUCCACUUGAAACCAUGUGGACUGACAUUGACUAUAUGUAUGAGCGCCGAACGUUCACGGUCGACCCUCAGUACUUCCCUCUCAAAAAGAUGCAAGAAUUCGUUAGGGCCCUACACUCCCGGAACCAACACUACGUAAUGAUGGUUGACCCAGCAGUAGCAUAUCAACCAAAUGUAUCUUACGAAACAUUCGACCGCGGAGCCCAACUCGACGUCUUCCUCCUGCAACCCAAUGGAAAUGGAUCAUUCUACUACGGAGUCGUCUGGCCCGGAGUGGUCGUCUACCCAGAUUGGUUCCAUCCUUCCGCGUUGACUUAUUGGAUUGGGGAAUUCGAAAGGUUUUUCGACAAAGAGAAAGGGAUCGAUAUUGACGGGGUAUGGAUCGACAUGAACGAACCGUCGAAUUUUUGUGGGUAUCCUUGCGUGGAUCCUUUUGGGCUGGCUGCCGAGCUAGGGUUGCCUCCUAAGAGGGACACCCCACCUCCGCCUUCGGAUGUUCCGAUUAUUUUGAGCAGGAGGUGGAGCGUCGGGGCGGGUACUAGUUCUGGGCGGUAUACUGGAUUGGAGCCUCGAGCAGUAGGAGUUCAGACGAAGAAUAAUGAAAGUGAAUGGGAUUUGUUGGAGCCUCCUUAUUCGAUUCAGACCGCGUCGGACGGGUUGAGUGAUAGGACCGCUUAUACGAAUAUUGUUCAUUAUGAUGGGACUACAGAGUAUGACGCUCAUAACGUGUAUGGAACGAUGAUGUCCGUAAAAACACACGAAGCCAUGCUCGCUCGCAGACCAGGCCUUCGUACCCUCGUCAUAACUCGCUCAACUUUUGCCGGUGCGGGCGCAAAAGUUGGGAAAUGGCUAGGUGACAACAUCUCCACGUGGCAUCAUUAUCAAAAUUCCAUCGCAGGCAUGUUAGGCUUCGCAUCGAUCUACCAAGUUCCCAUGGUUGGAGCGGACAUAUGUGGAUUUGGUGGUAAUACCACGGAGAUCUUAUGUGCACGAUGGGCGAUGCUGGGAGCUUUUGGACCUUUCUAUAGGAAUCAUAACGCCAUCGAAGAAAUACCCCAGGAAUUUUAUCGAUGGCCGCUAGUCACUCAAGCUGCGAAGAACGCGAUCGAUAUGAGAUAUAGGUUGUUAGAUUAUAUCUAUACAGCAUUUCAUCGUGCUUCUGUUGAUGGAUCUCCCGUAUUGAACCCGAUGUUCUUCAAUUAUCCAUCUGAUCCGAAUACGUUCCGGAUCGAUUCGCAAUUCUUCUUUGGAGAUUCGGUGUUGGUUUCACCCGUGAUCGUGGAGAACGCGACGGAUGUGACGAUCUACCUCCCAGGGAAUUCGCCGUUUUAUGAUUUCUUGACUUAUACACCCCUGAUUGGGAACGCCGGAUCGAUGAUUCAUCUGACGAACGUCAGUUAUACGUCCAUUCCAGUUCAUAUCAAGGGUGGAACCAUCCUCCCUUUACGCCUAUCCUCAGCGAACACCACAUCUGAAGUCCGAACGAAAGAUUUCGAACUGGUGGUCGCCCCUUCGUCACUUCGCUUCCGACAUGGGAAGGCCACGGGGUCGUUGUACAUCGACGAUGGCGUCAGCAUCAAACAAACUAGAACGACCGAACUUUUCUUUUCGUACAAGAAGGGUGAACUCGUUGGAAAAGGGAAAGCUUUGACGCCUCAUGGGACGAAAGUUGUCAAAGUGGCUCUUAUCUCGUUCUUGGGCAUCGACAAGGCUCCGAGGGACGUGAGGGUCAAUGGGAGGAAGGUGCAUAGUGAAGACGUAACCUAUGAUCAAGUGAACAAGGUUGUGAGGGUGAAGGUGUCAAUUCCCCUUGGCCAUUUCACUGUCAACCUGCACUAG